AUGAGACAAAGGCGUUGCCUAGAGCUGAUUAAAGACUAUGAUUGUACGAUUGAGUACCAUCUGGGUCGAGCUAAUAUGGUGGCAGAUGCUUUGAGUAGGAAGUCUUGUGGAAGCUUAGCUCAUCUUAGGAUGGCUUACCUUCCAUUACUGGGAAUUGCGGGAAGAUGGAGUAGAACUGGGAAUGAGUCAACAUGGUGGACUACUUGCUAG